GAGACCAGAGGUGGUGGUGAGGCCAUCCCAAGCGCACGAUGCCGGGAGAGGACGAGUUUUACCUGUUUCAGAAUAUCUCCUCAGUGGGGCCCUGGGAUGGGCCUCAGUACCACAUCGCUCCCGUCUGGGCCUUCCACCUCCAGGCAGCCUUCAUGGGAUUUGUCUUCUUUGCAGGGACCCCACUCAAUGCCACAGUGUUGGUGGCCACGCUGCACUACAAAAAGUUGCGGCAGCCCCUCAACUACAUUCUGGUCAAUGUAUCCCUCGGGGGCUUCCUCUUCUGCGUCUUCUCCGUCUUCACAGUCUUCAUCGCCAGCUGUCAUGGAUACUUCCUCUUUGGUCGCCACGUUUGUGCUCUGGAGGCCUUCUUGGGCUCCGUAGCAGGUCUAGUGACAGGAUGGUCCUUGGCUUUCCUGGCCUUUGAGCGCUACCUUGUCAUCUGUAAACCCUUUGGCAACAUCCGCUUCAACUCCAAGCACGCACUGAUGGUGGUCCUGAUUACUUGGACCAUUGGCAUCGGGGUGUCCAUCCCGCCCUUCUUUGGCUGGAGCAGGUUCAUCCCCGAGGGCCUGCAGUGCUCCUGUGGCCCAGACUGGUACACCGUGGGCACCAAGUAUCGAAGCGAGCACUAUACCUGGUUCCUGUUCAUCUUCUGUUUCAUCAUUCCUCUUUCCCUCAUCUGUUUCUCCUACUCCCAGUUGCUGAGGACUCUCAGAGCUGUGGCGGCCCAGCAGCAAGAGUCAGCUACAACUCAAAAGGCUGAACGGGAGGUGAGCCAUAUGGUGGUGGUGAUGGUGGGAUCCUUCUGUCUCUGCUACGUGCCCUAUGCUGCCCUGGCCAUGUACAUGGUCAACAAUCGUAACCACGGGCUGGACUUACGGCUUGUCACCAUCCCCGCCUUCUUUUCCAAGAGUUCAUGUGUCUACAACCCCAUCAUCUACUGCUUCAUGAAUAAGCAGUUCCGGGCCUGCAUCCUGGAGAUGGUGUGCAGGAAGCCCAUGACAGACGAAUCUGACAUGUCUGGCUCUCAGAAAACAGAAGUUUCUACUGUUUCUUCCAGCAAAGUUGGCCCUCACUAAGGACCCUCAGUUGGCCUGCUGGCAGCAACCACGGGGCCACAUUGAAUUAUCUACAUCUCCAUUAGAAUUCAAACCAUUAACAAUGUAGGGAAAAGACAGGAGCAGUGGCAUCUGGCCAGUCAGUUUCAUUUUCCUGUUACUCUGUCAGCAGGGCCACAUGGGCCAUUUCAACAGUCACAGUUUCUAAGUGACACCUUCAUCUCUGGAGAACUGUGAGAGAAGGGCCGUGCCUCUGGUGUAUGGGUAACACCUGGUUGUUCUUUUAUUCCAUGCUGGGAUCUGAGAUGAUAUAUCCUGUUAGAAUAAGCUUGGCAUGGGGCAGUGUGAAGAAAAAGCAGCAGACACCAAACACCUGCAGCGAGCUGAAGAGCUUUCCUAUGCGGCCUCUCCCAGUUGCUGCCAUCUGGGCUAUGGCUGCCCUGCCCAGAACUGCCCCUCCUCACUCAUCUGACAGUUAUUCUAAGUCUUCUCCCCUCCAUUUGGCUAAAUGUAUCCAUUUAAAGCUGUGUGUUGAUUAAAGUUAGUGUCUUAAUCUCUUGACGACCUCAAAA